GCAUUCGCCUAUAAGAUUAGGAAGAUAUAAUGUGUCUAAAAGUCUUACUGAUUCUAUCUCACGUCUCUAUGUUCACUGGUUUUUUUAAGUUUAUCUGUGCCUUCUAUGGAUAUUGUCCCUUUCUUUCAAUUUUCACCAAAUAUUAUUUAUUUCUUGUCACUCACGAAAUGGUUCCUUUAUUUUGAAGAGGUCUAUAGUGUUGUGCUUAGGCUCAUAGAUGCUUGUUAUAAAAAGUUUUUUAAAAAGUUUGGUGCUUGUAAAACUGAAAACAAAAAAGACAUAACAUUGUCUCAAAACGUAUCAAGUAUCUAUAUCAUGCAUUAAUCAAACAAAAAUCCCAAACACAUAAUAUCAACUCAACAAUAAGCCUAAUUUUGAUCAAAAUGUUGUCCAAUAAGUGUUCGUUUUAUUGUGGCUACAGGCAAUUGCCUUUUUUCCAAAGCAGGUCCACUUAUUCUCAUCUUUUGUAAAAAAGUUGAUUGAAAUGGAGAUUAGAUACGAAACUCUUCUUUAUCUUGGCUCUAUAAUAACAAUUCUCUCUUCCUCACCGAGCUUCACCGCCAGCUAAAAAUGGCGGAAGAGAUUAUCCUAUUAGAUUACUGGGCGAGUAUGUUUGGGAUGAGGACAAGGAUUGCUUUGGAGGAGAAAGGAGUGAAAUAUGAGUAUAGAGAAGAAGAUCUGAGUAACAAAAGCACUUUACUUCUUGAGAUGAACCCUAUUCAUAAAAAGAUCCCGGUUUUGAUCCAUAAAGGUAAACCAAUCUGUGAAUCGAUAAUCCAAGUUCAGUAUAUCGACGAGCUCUGGCCCGAUACAAACCCGAUUCUUCCUUCGGAUCCUUACCAGAGAGCUCAAGUUAGAUUUUGGGCAGAUUACAUCGACAAGAAGACAUACGUACCAUGCAAGGCUUUAUGGUCAGAAACAGGGGAGAAACAAGAGGCAGCGAAGAUGGAGUUCAUUGAAGUACUCAAGGUCAAGACACUUGAUUCAGAGCUUGGAGACAAUCCUUUCUUUGGAGGAAACGAAUUUGGACAUGUGGACAUUUCCAUUAUCGGAUUCUAUAGUUGGUUCCGGAUGUACGAGGAGGUAGCAAAUCUCAGCAUCGUAGCAAAGUUUCCUAAGCUAAUCUCGUGGGCACAGAGGUCUUUGAAGAGAGAGAGUGUAGCUAAAGCCUUGCCUGACUCUGAUGAAGUUCUUAAGUCGGUCUCUGAUCAUCGGAAGAUAGUUUUAGGAAUCGAUUAGAUUGAUGUGUGCAUGUGUUUCAGGUUUGUCAAUAAGUCGGGUAUAGACCAAUGAAUGUUUGUGGUGGGAUUUGAGUGACGCAUAAGUUAGAUUAUGUUGUGGGUGAUAAUAGAUUAUCAUUUGUAUUAGUGUAAAGUAAAAACGAAAGGUUGUUUUGUAAUACUGAUGUAACGUUCAUCGUCAUUUCUCUACCAUUUUAAUUUUUGAUUUGAAACCAAACUAAUCAAAAACAGAAAUUCAAACCACUCUUCGUUGGAUAAAGGACGACGAAAUUUUUAUUUGUCGCCAACGUUAACGUCGUUGAAAGCAAAAUUUGGAAAUAUUUGUCAAACAGUGUCACAGAGAGUACAAAAAAAAAAAGAGCAAUGCAACAAGAGAGUACGUUUACAUGGAGACUUGGUACUAUUAUGAUUCUUUAAGUAUACGAAUGAACCCCUCAUUAUGUGUUACCUUUAUCCAGUAACCUUUUUCUUUUUUUGGUUCUACAGACUAUCCACUAUCCAGGUUCAAAAAUAAUGCGCAAAAACAUAUUUUUCAUCGUAGAUAACAAAUAAAACGUUACAUUUCUUCAUUGUACCACGCAAGAAUAAUUUAGAAUCCAUUACCAAUACCAGGAAGAAGAAAUUUGAAAAGCAAAUGGUUAGUAGAU